AUGGAGAGGUUGAACAGUUUGGAGAGGAGUCUGCCCCCGGAGCAGCCGCCCACGGAGAAGGCUAUUGCGACGCUGAACUCUGAGCUGUCGCAGGAGUUCAAGCUGGCGGCGAACUCUGUGACGAAGCUGUACCGGCUGGCGAACGAGCGUGCGAGUCUGGUGAGGCACCAGGGGUACUUGGACUGUGUGGAGGACGUGCUGUCGCUGAUAGACGGUAGCACCGGUAGUAAUGGCAGUAAUGGUAGCAAGGAACCGACGGUGGAGGAUAUACGGGAGUGGUGCCUCAAGCGCAGACAAGAAAUGCUUUCUUCCAAGGAUGGCCGUGUGGAUAGUCACAGAAGUGACGGCCGCGGGGGACAAGGCCGAGUGGCCCCCAAGGUGGAUUUCCACUUGCAAAAGAGCUUUCUGGGCAAGACAGAGGUGCCGCAGGGUGGCAAGAUCGAGGUGCCGACAUUCAAGCUGGGUAAGCCACCGUUGAGCGUGGAGCACCACGCACGCCCAGGACGGCGGCGCCAGCUAAAUACACCUGCGGCAACGAACACAACGUUUACAUCUACACCUAACAACGAGAACUCAGAGAUGCAUGAAUCGGUUCCUAAGAAACCGAAGUUAUAG